AUGGCAGCGAAGAGCACGUCCAUGCUCGUCAUCACGACGGAGACAGUGAUAGUGGAAAGGUUCAGCACGACGUCGAGUGGGGUUGGUGGGGCUGUCCGGUACGUGCACAGUUGCCCCGCCAAAUUGCUGGCAGUUUGCACAAUUUCAAUCACCUGCUGUCCAAAUGGACCCAGACUGACUGUGUACUCCACACCCAGCGGAUUGGAGGCUUCUUGCGCUGUCAUACUUUGGCUGAAGUUGAAGUCUACAAACGCAGAUGCGGGGCUUUCCUCCACAUGA